UCCCUACAAAAUUACAUUUUUAUCCUGUAAUUACAAUUUCAUCCAUUUUCACCACCCGCAAGAAAUUAGCCAUCAAAUUAAAAGCUUGCCCUCUAUAUUAAAGGGAAUUAAUUGGAAAAGAAAAAAAGAAGAAAAACAUCUCUCUCUCGCUCCAUUGCGAAAGCAAAGAGAAGAAGAAUCCUAAGAUGGGAAAAGCAAAAAAUCAGCAACAAACAGAUCUUCCAUGAAAGAUACCUUAAAAAAAGAUUGCGUUUUUAAGUCCGUACACUUUCAAAUGACCAAAAAACCCACUUAACGAAAGCCAUUGUUUUUAGCUAAAGCUCCCCCACCACUACUUAUCACUCUCUCCAUCUCUCCUCGUUUUCUAGAUAGAGAAAGUGCAAGAAAUUGGAGAGAUGCUGGAAAUAAGAGAAGGGUCUUGUUGCUUUCCACGACAGGUGGUUGGUGUGAAUGUGUUUCUUGCUUUUGUUGAUUGCAUUCUUGCUAUACUUGCAUUCUCUCAGCUUAUAAGGAUUCACUCAAGAAGUUCUCAACUUGGUUGGACACGACAAAAAGUGUUUCAUUUGUUGAUUGGAUCUUCUAAUACAGGUUACUUCAUUUUUUUCCUCAUUACGAUAAUGGCUAUCUGUAAGGGGUGGUUGUGCUGGUCUCGUUCUUGUGGCUUUAUCUUCAUGGCCUUACCAAAAAUUCUCUAUUUUGCUGCAUUUCUUCUACUAUUAUCCUUCUGGGUUGACCUUCGCCAUCAGGCAGAUGAUGAAGAUUGUGAAGAGGAAGACUUUAGUUUUCAUGAGGCUUUGUUAGAAAUGACAUUAGAUGAUCCAAGCUCAGUACAUGCAGAUAGUCUAAGAAUAUGUUUACCUUUUCGAUCAACCCGUGUUGGAAGCCGUCAAAAAGUUGUGAUUUGGGUUACUGCUGUUGUCUUUGUCUUGAUGAUGGCAUUUGCUGUGCUAAUGUGGAUUGGGAUGGACCACACUUUUAUUGAUUCAUCAAAGCUAGCCAUGGUGUAUGUAGAUGUUAUUGCCAUAGUCUCUCUAUUACUGGGAGGAGCAUUAGCAUGUUACGGACUUUUAAUAUGCUCAAAAAUGCGAAGAGUUCGAUCUGAGAGAGCUUCUUCAGAAAUGUGGAAGGUUGCAGGUUUGGCUGUCGUCUCCAUUCUUAGUUUCACUUCAAGUGCUUUCAUAGCUCUUUUUACUCAAAUUCCAGUCCUUUAUUGCUGCCAGAAACUUGACAAUAGUGGUCUUUUAACUUCUUUUUUACUGUUUGUAUAUUACUUUAUAGGUUCUUCAGUACCCUCAGCAUUGGUGCUGUGGAUCAUGAGAGAAUUACCACCUCCUAUAGUAGCUAAUGUACAUGAAGAAUCUAGAACAAUUGCUUACGUAACUGAUAGUUCAACAGUAGUACAUAAUCCUCAGCGUUGGACGACUGCUGCAAGCUUGCAGAAUCAGGUUGGUCAUUCAGAUGAGUGUAUAGGACAGAGAUGAGAGGAUAGUGACUUCAACUUUGUACGUGCAGAUAUCAAGAGGCAGUCCUAUAUAAAUUGCAUUACCAUAACUGAGUGUUGUCUUGUAUGCCUGCUAAAUCAGAAGGACGCUGGAAUUGUUGAACAACCACGACAAAGAAGAGUCUGAACAGUCCUAAAGAAGAAGAUGGUGAAUCACGUCCAUGACAAAGCAGACAGGGUGAAGCCGUAAGGUUGCCAUUGCAGUUUAGACAUUUAGGCAUGUAUAUACCCCCCCAAAAAAAAAGGAUUUGCGAAAUAGGGGAGAUCCCCCCCUCCAUUUGCAAUUUUUCUUAUGCAUGGUUUUACAUGAUUUUGGAUCUCAUGCUGAUAGAAAAGAGCAUGUGGGAUGUGGGUCCUUUUUCUUUUGUAAGCUUCUUUUUUUUUUUUUUUCCCUUUUCUUGAACUACAUUCUAGUGAUAGCAUAUUUGUUGCCUACCUAUUCCUUUUUUGUUCUUUUUCCAUUGUUAUAAUUUACUGUUUAACCAAUUCAUCUUU